AUUUAUUAUUUGUAGCUACUCGGGACAAGUAAACGAUGUCGUUCUGCAGAUAUUUUUCGGCUGGAGGAGGGGAGAUGGAACUAGAAGUUUAGAAAGAACUGAAACCCGCAGAGGCAGGGUUGGGAGAUUGUGGUAUUGGGUGCUGAAAAACAAACACAGAGAAAUGGUAAAUGCAAUUAUUCACCAUUAUCAAGCAUCACCAUUGCUUUCCCUUCAAUUUUGCACUUCUACUUCUCCUCCUCCAAUUCUCAGUGGGGUGAGAAGGAAACUGAUUUUUAAAUGCUCCAUGAAGAACCCUUCCUCAACCUCAAGUAAACUUGUCACAAGGCAUAUAUUUUCUGGCCUUGCUGUUUCAUUAGUACUGCUUUCUCAAACAAAUCAGGUUCUUGCAGCAGAUUUAUCCAGAUAUCAGAAUACAUGCCAGCUUGCUAGUGUCAUGGAUAGUAAGGUAACUCUUCCACUUGAUGAGGGUUCUGGUGAAAGAAAUGGGAGGCUAAUGAUGAUGAGAGGUAUGACAGCAAAGGAUUUUGAUCCUGUUAGAUAUUCUGGAAGGUGGUUUGAAGUAGCAUCACUCAAACGUGGAUUUGCUGGACAGGGUCAAGAAGACUGCCACUGCACACAGGGAGUGUAUACAUUUGAUAUGAGUAUACCUUCUAUCCAAGUUGAUACAUUUUGUGUUCAUGGGGGCCCUGAUGGGUAUAUUACUGGUAUAAGGGGAAAGGUUCAAUGCCUUUCUGAGGAAGAGAAAGAGAAGAAUGAAACAGAUCUAGAAAUGCAAGAGAUGAUUAAAGAGAAGUGUUACCUCCGAUUCCCUACAUUGCCUUUUAUUCCAAAGGAGCCUUAUGACGUGAUCGCUACUGAUUAUGAUAAUUUUUCUCUUGUUUCUGGAGCAAAAGACAAGAGUUUUAUCCAGAUAUAUUCAAGGACACCUGACCCAGGACCUCAAUUCAUAGAGAAGUACAAAGCUUACUUGGCUAAUUUCGGAUAUGACCCAAGCAAGAUCAAGGAAACCCCACAAGACUGCCAAGUGAUGUCUAACAGUCAGCUAGCUGCAAUGAUGUCCAUGUCUGGAAUGCAGCAGGCGCUCACAAACCAGUUCCCUGAUCUAGAACUCAAGGCCCCUGUUGCAUUUAACCCCUUUACCAGUGUAUUUGACACCUUGAAGAAGCUUGUUGAGCUUUAUUUCAAGUAGGAUCUUAAAAGCUCAGUCAACCUCCACUUUCUUUUGUAUUUCAACAUAUGUUGAUGGAAAUGUAUUAGUACAUCUCUCUCUCGUGAUAUGUAAUUACAUAUUUGUAAUUGGUCAUAGCUUGUUAUAAAUCAUCCCUAAAGCG